UAACAACCUGUUUCUUUUCUGUUGCAUCGGCAUCGUUACCGAGAUGCGAAGCAUAUAACUCGUGCAAUCCAGUCAAUGGCCCUAUUUAUUGAAGCUACCAAAUGCGAUGCCUAGAUGAACAUACGUGCGGAAGGGACGUAUUCUCGUAAAGAUGCCAGGAACCGGGGUACAAUCGCAUGGAUUGGGCAGACGCUGAGAGAAGAAUGUAAAAUCCGAGACGUCACGCGGGAAAAUGGUGGACUAUCUGCCGUUGUCCUUUUUUUCGAAUUAUAAGUCUGGGGUUGUAAAAGAUUAGUUAUUUGGGUCUCUCUGUCCAUUUUGUCGUUGGCACUCCUUAUUCGAGAUUCAACCAUUUGGAACACGUGAGAUCGGAUGACCUGUGGAUGGCUCACGUAAUGAUCGGAACUUUUGAGCUGGAUGAUUGCUUGUGUUGGUGCUGUCUUCCUCCAGUCCAUCUACAAUGUCCGAGACAGAUAUUACAGAGGAUAAGCUCCAAAAUGAUGAUCCUACAAGUUUCGAAGCUGCGACCACAGAUCCACCACCGGAACAUCCGAACGAGGAGCCACUUUCCUCCGAGACAUUAGCUGAUACAACCCUUCUUCCAUCCGACCCACCUCCACAAGAUGACAGCCCAACUGAUCCAGCAAUCGCUGAACCAGAAGUAUCACCUACCUCACGCAAAUCAUCAGCAGCUCCUCGCCCAUCCAGUGCAGAGUCUACCCGAUCCGACGCAAAUCCCCAACGCCCAGGUACUCAAGGUGAAGCGAGAAAAAUGAGUGCGUCGGGUAUGAGAGUGACCACACCAGGACGAAGAGGUUCUGGUGCCGGAUCGGCAGGCAGCAGAAAGGACGUACCUGUUACGGGACGAGCAAGUGAUAUCGGCAGCGCUUCUAGAAAGCGACAAGGAAGUGUCGGACUUUUUACGGAUGUUAUUACUGAAAGCGUUGAUGAGGAUGAGAUUGUACCUCAAGAGGUUCAAGUCACUUCUGUGGCGGUUGGGGAGACGGACAAGUUGAUGGAUGUAUAUGAGGAAGUGGAGGAGCUUGCUGAUAGUGGGUGGGAGACGGAUCUGGAUGUUUCAGAUGUGCUGAAUCGAAAGAACCAGCAAGAUCUCUAUACUGCCGCAUGUAUUGCAUUGGGCAUCGUUCCAGUCUCGUUCAUUAUUGACCGUCUAAAAGGAGAAGAAAUCGUGAUGCCGCAUCAUGGGUUGGGACCUAAAGGUGCACAUGCUCUCGCCCAAGUUCUAGAGGGAAAUACGACACUAAAGCGCAUUGAUUUGACAAACAAUUGGAUCGAAAGUGGGGGAGCUUAUCUUGGAAGGAGUUUGCAAAUCAACCGUGCGCUAGUGUAUCUCAACUUGACAGGGAACAGACUGGGCUAUGAAGGAAGCCACGAAAUUGCAGAGAUGCUCCAAUUUAAUGCUUCUCUUAAAACCCUUAUCCUCAAAGACAACAAGCUUGGUGAUCGGGAAGCACAGCUAUUUAGUGAAGGAUUACGACAAAAUUCUUGCUUGCAAGUGCUUGACUUGAGUUACAAUGAAAUUGGGGAUAUUGGCGCUAUUGCUCUGGGAGUGGGUCUAGUAGGGAAUGAUGCAUUAAAGGAACUGAAUCUGGGCUGGAACCAAAUUCGUCAUCGGGGUAUCGCAGGGCUGUUAAAUGGACUAAAGGAUAACCUCAUUUUAACACACCUGAACCUGGAGAGUAAUGGGUUAGGAGAGAAUGGCGCGGCCGUGGCAAGUUUCCUCCUCAAAAACAAUGCCAUACAGGUGCUCAAUCUACGGCGUACACGAUGCGGAGAUGGGGCAAUAGGAACUAUCGGAAAAGCUAUCGAGCAAAACUAUUCUCUCAAAGAAUUUGACUGUUCCGAUAAUCUAUGGACGGACCAAGGGGCUCAACUCCUUUUCAAAGGCCUAAUGAACUCUAGUAGCAUGCGAAAGCUUUACAUGCAGAACAUUAAACUUACCAAAGACAUUCGAGUGAAGAUUGAUGAGCUAAAGGCGGAAAAACCUGAACUUGCUAUUAUCGAAAUGAGUGAAGCGGAUAUGUUGAUUGCCGCCAAGGAGGCACGCAUUCGCAAAGAGGAUAGAGAUAGAACAUAGCAUGAUUAUUUGCAUAUACAAAAAAUAAAAGGCUUCUCCGUGG